ACCUUUGCCCGCCGCCCGCCUACCGCCCGCGGCUCCCCGAGAGCCCCAUGGCUGCGGCGGCAGCCCCCUGGGGGCGGCAGUGGGGAGAGGCCCGCGCGCUCGGCCGGGCGGUGAGGCUGCUGCAGCGCCUGGAGGAGCAAUGCGGGGACCCCAGGCUUGCCUCCAGUCCCCCCUCGCUGCCAGACCUGCUGCCCCGCAUCGCGCAGCUGCUGCGCCAGGUGGCCCACGCCCGGCGGGCGGCCGACGGAGGCGGCGACGAGGGUCCCGGUGGUGCGAGGGACUUUCUCAUCGUCUACCUUCACAACCUGGAGGCCAAGAGCAGGCAGGUGGCGGCACUGCUGCCACCUCGGGGUGGGAGGAGUGCCAACGACCAGCUCUUCCGGGAGGGCUCCAGACUCAGGCGACAGCUGGCCAAGCUGGCCCUCAUCUUCAGUUACAUGCACGCGGAGCUGGGCGCCCUCUUCCCCAAGGGAAAGUACUGCGGACACACAUACCAGCUCACCAAGGCCCCGGCCCACACCUUCUGGAGGGAGCACUGCGGAGCCCGGUGUGUGCUGCCCUGGGCUGACUUUGAGUGGCUCUUGUGCACCUGCCACCCAGUGGAAUCUGGCUGCACGGCCCUGGCCUUGCGCUCCACCGUUAACCUCACCUGCAGCGGCCAUGUGUCCAUCUUCGAGUUUGAUCUUUUUACCAGGCUCUUCCAGCCGUGGCCAACACUCCUCAAGAACUGGCAGCUCCUGGCGGUCAACCACCCGGGCUACAUGGCCUUCCUCACGUAUGAUGAGGUCCAAGCACGUCUGCAGACCUACAGAGACAAGCCAGGCAGCUACAUCUUCCGGCCCAGCUGCACUCGCCUGGGUCAAUGGGCCAUUGGAUACGUGAGCUCAGAUGGCAGCAUCCUGCAGACCAUCCCUCUUAACAAACCCCUGUUCCAAGCACUCCUGGAUGGACAAAAGGAAGGCUUCUUCCUCUACCCAGAUGGGAAGAACCACAACCCAGACCUGACUGAACUCUACCAGACGGAACCCCAUCCGUACAUCCAUGUGUCAGAGGAGCAGCUGCGGCUAUACUGGGCCAUGGACUCCACGUUCGAGCUCUGCAAAAUCUGUGCUGAGAGCAACAAGGACGUGAAGAUCGAGCCCUGUGGGCACCUGCUCUGUAGCCGCUGCCUGGCCACCUGGCAGCACUCCGACAGCCAGACCUGUCCCUUCUGCCGCAGAGAGAUCAAGGGCAAAGAGGCUGUGAGUAUCCUAUCCCAAGUGAGGCCUGCAGAAGCCAGGGCCACUGCCGAGGACCCGAGAGAGAGCAGUGACCAGGAAGAUGGGGAGGAGGAGCUGGGGCAGGUGGUUUCCUCAGCUCCCCCACGGCCCCCUCAGCUGAGUGCGUCCCCAGCUAAAGGCCGGCUGAAAGUGGCACCUCUGGCCCUCCCCAGACUUCAGGGCCCUCUUUCCUUUCCAAGAGUUAAGACUGUGGCCUUAGCCCCAUGGCAAAUCACCUCCAGCCCUCAGGCCAGGGAGGGAGCCCCAGGCCCUUCUUCAAACUCUCUCCACUGCAGAAACUCCUAAGGGAAAAGUCACCCCUCCGGCUGCCCCUGGGGGGCCCAUGAUCGCUGCCCAGGCAUGGGGGCCAGUGAGUCUACUCCACCCCAGCCCCAGCCAAGUUCCCUCCCUUGGCCUGGCCCUACCCUGUCCCCCAACCUGGCUGUGAUACUAUCUAACCCCCUUCUCUGCCUUGCAGGGCCCCAAAUGUGCUGCUAAAGGGAGCCCCAGGAGCUAGAAGGGGUUUGUGAAUAAUAAACUGCCAAGCCUGGUUGUCCUCUGAUAUGUGGAGAAAGUGCAGCAGCCAUUAGGGGGCAACUUGACCUGGGGGGGGUCCCUGAGGCCUGAUCAUCCCCCCCAUUAAUGCAGGGGUCUGGAGGGGCGAGUGGGGUACCCAGCUCCUCUGGAUCCAGGAGUCCAGGCUCCCAGCCUCCUCCCUCAGACCCAGGAGUCCAGAGUUCCAAGUUUUCGGAGAAUCAGGCAGUCAUCCCUCUUUCCCCACGAAUGCAAAAAAAUUUUCUGGAACGAGAUCCAGAUAUCCGAGUACUAAGGCCCUAGUCAAAAAGACCCCACGUUUCUUUAAGAGUCGUGCACCUGAUCUUGCCCCAAUGUUCUUUCCUCCAUUCCACUCUGGGAGAAGGAUCCCAGUGAUUUCCAGUCCAAAUCAAACUGAGGACAUGUCUCCCCACCUCAUCACUAAUCUUGGAGGGACCCAAGCCUCCCUCCACUUCAGUUUAAGCCGGCCCGCACCCCCUGAGCCCAGCCCUGUGCCCAGCCCCAGGCUGGGUGAGGCUGGGCGAGGCUGGGCGCAUAUAGCAGUAAUCACUGCCCCCUGGUGGCUCACAAUCCAAUGGGUGACAUACAGUGAUGACCCAGAGUGGGCAGGGCUAGGGGGGUGGGGGAGAAACGGGGCGCUACAGGAACCCAGAGUGGGCAGCUGAGCCAGCCUGGGAGGUCAGAGAGGACCUCCAGGAGGAGGCAUCCAAGCUGAGACUGAAAAGAAGAGGAAAAGGUAUCCCGGUGUAAAGGGAGCAUGGAAGUCCAUACCACAGAUUUGUCCGAAGCAGCACAAGCCGGGGCAGAAAGGGAAUUCAUUGAGAGGACAUGGGAUUUCUCACAGAUUCCCGGGAGCGAUUAGAGAACCAGGACGGGAAAGUGAGCCGUGAAAGGCAAAGGAACCACCGGCAUUGGGCUCCAGUCUGAGCCCAGCCCCGAUCCCGCCACAGAACUGGUCUGAUGAGGCUACACUGAGGCCCCGAGGACCCCUGAACACCAACCAGUCACCUCGCUGCCUCUGCUGCCCCAGCAACCGGCUGAAGGUGCUCUUCUCAUGCGCUGUUGCUCAGAACAAAUCACGCCAACACUUAGUGGUAAACACUAAGGAUUUGGGGACAGGCUCAGGUGGGUGGUUCUGGCUCAGGGUGCAAGCAGGUGGCACCUGGUCCAGGGCCUCUGGGGCCUGGACAGAUGGCUUUCUGCAAUCAGACCUCUCCAUGGGGUCGCCACACUUGCUAGCUUGGGCUUCCCCAUGGCAUGGCCGCCUAAGGCAGCCUGACUGCUCGUAGGGUGGCUGAUGGCUUCGUGGGAGAGUCUCCCAGUGACCCUUUUCUACCUGAUCUUGGGAGUCUUGCAGCAUCGCUUCCGCCACAUUCUCUUCUUGACAGGAGAGUCACAACAUGGCACAGAUAUAAAAAGAGGAAGGAACGUAGCUUUCCCUGCUCUUGGGGGAGUAUCGAGAUCAGAUUGUCAGAAAAGCAUAUGGAAUGAGAGAUUCUGUUGCAUCCAUCUUUGGAAAAUACAAUGUGUCCCAACCACAAGAGCGUAGAACCAACCAGUCCCUGCUUCUUUGGCAUUAUUCUAUCCUAAUUCUAAGUACAGUAGGGUUUAGGGGCGCCUGGCUGGCUCAGUCGGAAGAGCAUGUGACUCUUGAC